AUGGUUGCACAACUCUUACAUUUGCCUCUGAGCCCCUUUGACCACGUACCACCCUGCAGUCACGCCAAAUCGCUCUUCUACUUUGCCCUCAAGGACAAUGUGGCCUUCUCCGAAGCCUUCUCAGUCCUCGAGCAAGGGCUUGCAAAGACCUUUGAUGACCUCCCGUGGCUGAGAGGCAAGGUCCACCACUUAUCCAAAGAUGCCCUUGGCUACCGCCCCGGACAGCUUGAGAUUCGCUACCCCCAAUGCUCCGACCAUGACGCGUCUUCACCCCUCCAAGAACUCAAGUGCAAAAAGCUCGACUCGUGCUUCUCAUACGCAGACAUCAAAGAGUCUGGGUUCCCCGUCGACUUGUUUACCGAUGACGAGCUCCACACUGGCCCGUCCUGGGCGGACGUCGACAACGGGGCGCCCGUGUUUGAGGUACAGGCUAAUUUCGUACCAGGCGGUUGUCUCCUCUGCAUCUCCAUGUGUCACGCAGUCGCAGACGGCGCCGGGAUCGUCGGCAUCCUCAAGCUGUGGGGUGCUUAUUGUAGUCAGAUCGGAGCCGAGGGCCCUGCUCCCAAUGGUUUGCAUACGAAGACACUACUACCCGAGAAAAGCGCCGACCGGACUGUCCUGGAGUCGAUCUGGAAGAAGGAGAGGACGCAGCAUUUGAUAGAUGAAAUGGAUCCAGCCGCGUGGGAGAUUGUCGGUCUAGAGGGCGUUGGUCCGAGGGCGAGCACAGGGUCCUUACAGGCUGCCUCGUCCGUGCCAGCUGUCCCAAGGAAACCGGGAGAAGUGCAGAAAUCAAGCAUCUUCUACACCUCACCAGAGCAGUUUGAAGCCCUUCAGAAAUCGUGUGCAGAAGAGCAGGGCUCGCACGAGAUCUCUCGGAACGAUGCUCUGUGCGGCCUGAUCUGGCGCAGCGUCAUCCGUGCUCGCGCUGCUGUGCUGAGUGACCAGGUGCUCGCCGCACAUGCAGAGUCGCAAAUCGUCAUGACUGUCGAUGGCCGCGAAGAGUACUCGCAUUCGCUGCCCAAAGACUAUCUCGGAAACCUGGUAGUGGGCACCUUGCCGACACUAACAGUGUCGCAGCUUGUGGCGCCGGAGACCACAGUGGGCUCGGUCGCGCAGAUCAUCCGGGACAGGGCCAAGGCGAUCAGCCAUACCAACCUCAUGGACAGCUUCACCCUCCUACACGACGAGGUUCGAGACUACGGCAUCAUCAGUUUACCAUUUACUAGCAUCGAGGGCUGGUCGAUGCUCAUCUCGUCAGUGCUAGGCAUGAAGGUUGACGAGGUGUCGUUUGGCGACGCCAUAUUCAAAGACCAGGGCCACGUGGGCGCGUACCGGCCGCUGAUGGAUGGCUUCAACAGCAUGUUCCGCAUCGGCGUCGUCCUGCCGCGGAUGAAGCACGGCGGUGUCGAGUUCAUCAUCAGUCUUUUCGACGAUGAGAUGGACGUUCUGCUUCAAGACGAGGAGUUUGCAAGAUUUGCCAGUCAACUUUAA